GUGCGGCUCGGAUUCGACCGGCUGGCGAGCAGGUGGACAAACGGGAACAUGAGGAAGAUCCAGACGGUGCUGCUGCUGCUCCUCUGGGCCGGCAGCGUCCAGGCCUGGUUCUGGGGCUUAGGUCGAGACACCACACCGGAGACCACACCGGAGACUACACCAGGGACGACGGAGGCAACGACAGGGACGAUGGGGACGAUGACUGGGACAGCAGGUGUUACGGGGACAGCACCUGUUAAUGGGACAACAGGUGUUACCGGGACAGCAGGCGUUACCGGGACAGCAGGCGUUACCGGGACAACAGAUGUUACCGGGACAGCAGGUGUUACGAGAACAACAGGUGUUACCGGGACAACAGGUGUUACCGGGACAACAGGUGUUACUGGGACAAUAGGUGUUACCGGGACAGCAGGUGUUACCGGGACAACAAGUGUUACCGGGACGACAGGUGUUACUGGGACAACAGGUGUUACGAGAACAGGUGUUACCGGGACAACAGGUGUUACCGGGACAGCAGGCGUUACCGAGACAACAGGCGUUACCGGGACAACAGGCGUUACCGGAACAACAGUUGUUACCGGGACAACAGGUGUGGCCAGGACAACAGGUGUCACCAUGACAACUGCCGGCGAUGCAGAGCAGAAGGAGGAAGCGGAGGACGACGACAAUUUGUCCGGAGUUGGGGAGGAAAUCAUCAACGUGGCAACGGGAAUCCAAGAGAGCGGCAUCUCUUUGCUGCAGCUGAUCGGAGAUCCUCCACCAGACGCCAUCACCAGGGAUUAUGGACCGAGCGGCGAGGCUGCCUACAUCUUCUCUUCAGCGGCGGCAUCGGGCCAGCCGGCUCUGGCCCACGUCCCCAACCCUUUUUACCGCCACUUUUCCCUCCUCUUCCACAUCAAACCCUCCAGGUCGACCGCCUCCGUCCUCUUCUCCAUCACAGAUGGAAACCAGAGGCUCAUGCACAUCGGCGUCAAGCUGAGCGCCGUGCAGUCGGGUCGCCAGAAGGUCCAGUUCUUCUACACCGAACCCGACUCCGAGGCUUCGUAUGAGGCGGCCAGCUUCGAUGUGCCGAGCCUGGUGGACACCUGGAGUCGCUUCUCGCUGGCGGUGUUCGAGGAGCAGGUGACUUUCUACCACGGCUGCGACUCGGAGCCUCAGGUGGUGAAGUUCGAGCGCUCGCCGGAUCCCAUGGAGCUCGACAGCGCAGCCGGGAUCUUUGUCGGUCAGGCAGGAGGAGCUGACGGUGACAAGUUCCAGGGAGCGAUCGCCGAGCUGAAGGUGGUGGGAAACCCUCGAGCAGCUGAACGUUUGUGCGACGACGAGGACGACUCAGACGCUGCCUCUGGGGACUAUGGCAGUGGUGAAAUCGACAGGAGACAGUCGGGACACUCAGUGAAGACCACCCCGGCUUCCUUCCGUCCGGUGCCCGAACCUCCACUGACAUCCUCGCAAGGAACCAGAGUCAAAGAAUCAGACGGCAGGUACGAGCGUCCGUCGGUGGACUACGGCCGGUCUGGAUCACCAGGCCCCAGAGGUCCAAGCGGCGCUAAAGGUGAGAAAGGAGACCGAGGAGAGAAAGGCUUGAGGGGGGACCGAGGCCCCACGGGACCCAAGGGAGAGCCGGGUUCUGGUUCCAGUUCUGGUUCCUCAUCUGCUGGUGGAGGACAGAAGGGAGAAAAGGGUGCAAAGGGGAGCUCUGGCUUUGGGUACCCCGGCAAUAAGGGUGAACGUGGGGCUCAGGGGCCUCCGGGGCCCCCUGGUCCUCCAGGACCUGCAGCUGAGGUGGUCCGACUCGGCGAUGGCUCGGUUGUGCAGCAGAUGGCCGGACCUCCAGGACCACCGGGACCCCCGGGGUCGGAUGGAGCUGCAGGACCUCCAGGAACUGACGGGGAGCCGGGUGAUCCAGGAGAAGAUGGAAAAGCUGGUCCUGCUGGACCUCGAGGUUUCCCAGGAACUCCGGGAAGUGCUGGUGCCAAAGGCCAAAAGGGUGAGCGUGGAGAAGGUCAGCCUGGACCCAGAGGCUCCCCAGGCCCACCAGGACCUCCUGGACCAGGCAACGGUGACCGCCCAACAUUUUUCGACAUGGAGGGAUCAGGAUUCCCAGACUUAGACAGAAUGCGGGGUCCCCGUGGUCCUCCGGGCCUCCCAGGUCCUCCGGGUCCUCCUGGUACCUCAGUGACACUGGGAGCUAGUGGUCCGGUAGCCUUUGGACCUCCUGGACCACCUGGGCAAGACGGAGCACCGGGUCUACCUGGCCCUCCUGGUCCUCCUGGUCCACCUGGUCGACCUGGAUCAGUGAAAGGUGAAAAGGGUGACAGUGGUGAGCUCGGACUUCCAGGAGCAGCUGGAGAAAAGCAAAACACUCAAGACUCCAACUUUUUCAACGGCCUCUUCUCUUUCUUUACUCCAUCCUCUACGGGUGCUCAGGGUGACCCAGGUCAGACAGGUACACCUGGACAGACUGGGCUGGCAGGACUUCCAGGUCCAAUGGGACCAAUUGGGCCACCUGGACCACCCGGACCACCAGGGCCACCGUACCGAGUUGGUUAUAACGAAGAAAACGGAUAUGAGGUGUUUAAUGGCGGGCCUGGAGUUGGAGGCCCACCUGGACCACAGGGUCCACCUGGCAUUGCAGGUCUCCCUGGUAAACCAGGUUUACCAGGUAACCAUGGAAACAAAGGAUCAGAAGGACCACGAGGACCACCUGGUAUACCAGGUCUGGAUGGAUUCCCUGGACAGCAGGGUGAAAAGGGCGACAGAGGAGAGAAAGGAGAGAUGGGUCUACCAGGACGAGAUGGUGGACCACCUGGACCUCCAGGGCCUCCCGGACCUCCAGGACAGAUUGUGCACCAGCCAACAGCAGAUUAUAACGACGUUUAUUGGAACGAAGAGGGGCAGGAAAGAGGUAUUCCAGGUCGAGCAGGAUUCCCGGGGCCUAUUGGUCCAAAAGGAGACAAAGGGGAGUCAGGUCCUCCAGGAUAUGCACCUAAGGGAGAAAAAGGAGAACCAGGCAUCAUCAUGGGGCCUGAUGGGAGGCCUUUGUACCUCGGAGGCCUGCAAGGAAAGCCAGGCGACCCAGGACUCCCCGGCCCAGAGGGACCUCCAGGUCCAAAUGGUCCUUCAGGUCUGAAGGGGGAGAUUGGUUUUCCAGGAAGACCGGGUCGACCAGGACUAAACGGCGUCAAAGGAGAAAAGGGAGAUUCAGGCGGUGGAUCUGGAUAUGGUUACCCUGGUCCUCCGGGUCCUCCGGGUCCUCCUGGACCUCCUGGACCUCAGAUUCCCGUCGAUGGAGCCAGAGGAUAUGAUGAUUAUUCCAGGUAUUAUCCAGCUAAAGGAGAGAAAGGAGAUCAAGGACCACCAGGGACUCUUGACAUUCCAGGUUUCGGGUCAAAUGUUGACAUUUACACUCUGAAGUAUCAGCUGAAAGGUGACGUGGGCUUGAAGGGAGAGAAAGGAGAGCCAGGUGGAGGAUAUUAUGACCCUCGCUAUGGAGGCAGCGGAGUCGGAGCACCUGGACCUCCUGGACCUCCAGGACCUCGAGGCGACGCCAUCAUCGGCCCACCAGGCCCUCAGGGACCACCUGGACCCCCGGGAAGAGGCUACGACGGGCAGCCUGGACCACCAGGGCCUCCUGGACCUCCAGGACCAUCACUGUCCGGGACUCACAGGGGAACACAGACCAUCAGUAUUCCUGGACCCCCGGGACCACCUGGAGCUCCUGGACUACCUGGACACUCCUCAGGGGUGACAGUGCUGAGGUCUUAUGAAACCAUGGCGGCCACAGCGAGGAGACAACCUGAAGGCUCUCUGGUCUACGUUAUCGAGCAAACUGACCUCUACCUGCGGGUUAGAGAUGGAGUUCGUCAAGUGCAGCUCGGCAGCUACAUCCCUUUGCCCAUUGAGGACGGUAACGAGGUUGCAGCAGUGGAGCCUCCUCCGGUCGUCCCGUACUACCCGGACGACCACCACCACAACAACCCCGGAACCUCCACCCACAAUAGGCAACCUGAGAGUCCAGUAGAGCCCCAGCCUCAGCCGGAACAGCCUUACCCAGACCCCCGAUACCAGCCAGAACAGCCUUACCCCGACCCUCGAUACCAGCCAGAACAGCCUUACCCGGAUCCUCGAUACCAGCCAGAACAGCCUUACCCGGAUCCUCGAUACCAGCCGGAACAACCUAACCCUGACCCCCGUUACCAGCCGGAUCCUCGGUACCAGCCGGAGCAGCCUCAACCUCAACCUGACCCACGAUACCAGCCGGAUCCUCGGUACCCGGCGCCAACAGAUCCCAGGUUCCCGAGCUACAGCGACCGAUUAAACCAGCCAGACGGGAGGUACUCUGUCCCGGAGAGCCGCUACCCGGUUACCCCCGCACGAAGACCGCCUCCGCCGGUACCUCAGACACCGGCGCACCGUCACACCUCCGGACCAGGGCUCCACCUGGUGGCCCUGAACAGCCCUCAGACCGGCGCCAUGAGGGGCAUCCGGGGGGCAGAUUUCAUGUGCUUCACUCAGGCUCAGGCCAUCGGGAUGAAGGGAACUUUUAGGGCGUUCUUGUCCGCCAGACUGCAGGAUCUCCAAAGCAUCGUCCGAAAGGCUGACCGGGACAGUCUGCCCAUAGUCAACCUGAAGGACGAGGUUCUGUUCGACAGCUGGGAUGCCAUCUUUAAUGAUGGCAGAAUGAAGGACGGCGUGCCCAUCUACUCCUUUGAUGGCAGGGAUGUUCUCAACGACAGCGCAUGGCCAGAGAAGACGAUGUGGCACGGCUCCACCAGCGGCGGCCAGCGACACGUCGACAGCUUCUGCGAGACGUGGCGGGUGGGCGACCGGGCGCUGACCGGCAUGGCGUCGCCGCUGCAGGGCGGCGGUGGCCUGCUGCAGCAGAGUUCCAGCAGCUGCUCCAGCUCCUACAUCGUGCUGUGCAUCGAGAACAGCUACAUCGCCAAGAGAUAGACGCGCAGAAACACAACGCCGGGCGAGCCGUGGCCCACACACACUUCAGUCUGUCGUUCCACUGUCUGUGGUGCUCUGUAAAUAGGAUUUGUGUUAAUGGAUAGUUAGUUUGUGUUUGUUAGCCCUUCGUAUACGGUGCUACACAGGAUCACCCCUCAUGUACGUGAAGCUCAGGUGACCGACAGUAACUUAGCCGGAGUGGAGGUGGCCGGAAAAGGUUUCCAGAAGAGCAGCUUUGUUGUCAUUUCUUUGCUGUUUGCGACUCGUCAGCUAGCGGAAGCUACAGCGCUGAUAUAAAUAAGAUUGGCAUGCUGGGGUCCAGCUAGUGAAGCCCAGUUUGUGUUAGCCCGAGUUGAAUUUAAGCCAAAAUCUUAAUGCAGUUGUGGUUUUCACAGAGUUGAAAACUGAUUCUAGAAGAAUUUAACAGGGCUUCGUCCUGGUUGCUCCAUCUAGUCCAGACCUCUGUUACCUAGAAUAACAAAGAAGUUCCGUAUUACAAAGCAGGAUUUAAGGUUAGCAAGAUAACUUCAGGUUUAACUCCAGAUUCCCAGGACUAUGACGCCUUACCCUGCACACCAUGUUCAAGAUCACAGAUGAACACAUGCAGAAGCAUCUCCUCAAACAUCUCAAUCAGUUCUCUUGCAUAAUGGCAUCAACUUUCGUAGAUGAUCUCACGGAGUUCAGAUGUGAGGUUAGCAAGAUAAGUUCAGGUUUAACUCUGAAAGAAAAAUCUUUCAAACUGACUGUUUUUUAACCAACUUCUAUCUCCAAAUUGGGAUGUUUUCGUGACCUGCAGUGAGUUUUUGUCUCGCACCUGAAAGUUCUUGCACAUUUGUUGGUUCUUCUGAGUUUUUAAAUGUUUAUUAUUGAUUAUCAGCACUACAAAUAUUUUUUUUCAGAAUUCUCAAAGACUCCUCUGACCUGCUGGAUGAAGAAAUAUUCUGAUAAAUGCACAACAAAGAGGAUUUUAAAGCAUUUCAUGCCUCCCUAGACUGAUCUAUUUGUUACUUCGGUGUUUAUAAGGCUUCUAUGUUAAACCGAAAUAUAAAUCGAAAGAUUAAAAAUCUGUUAAAUCCAGCAGCAGUAGAAGAGUUUUUGAGGGUUUUAGAGUUAAUUUAAAGAUCCAACAAGUGACUGGAGUGUAACUAAAACACACAAGCUGCUGUUAAAUUGCCAUUUUUCAAUCCUGUGUCAACCACAACAGCAAAACUCCUCCUUGAUCUUUGUGAGGAAACACCGUGAGCGAUUGGGGGGAUAAACCACUAGAAAUUGUUGACUUUUAAUGGCUUUUACACCUCAAGUACCUGAAAAGCAGUGUUAAUAAUGAUUGAAAUUAGAUGAUUUCCAAUGUUUUAUAUACCACAGUUACCUUUAUAUACAGUGUUUGUCAGGGCUGCAGUGGAAAAUAGAUACUAGGAUGAAAUAUUCUGAUGAUUAAUAUAAAAGUUUUUAUAUGUGAAAUGUGUGUUUUUUAACUUCUCUUUUACUCCGAUGUAAGCCACAGCACUUCAGUAACAUCCUUUUCAUUUUUGCUACUAGGGAAGAUGUUUUCAGAUCGUAUUUUUAGCAAUAACAAAAGGGAUAUUUAUUUUUUAUAAGCCGUGCUUUUUGUUUUUCUACUUCACCUAUAAUGUUUGCAUUCACAGAGAACAACACUCGGUGUGUCCAGACGAGGACAUGCGAAGGACGUGCAGUUAAAAUGUGCAGAAAUGUGACGAGGAUUCAGCCAUAGAUGUGUUGUGCACUGUUCAGGCUUUAUGGAGGGUCGAUGUACUAACAGAGUCUCUUCUGCAUCUCGCUGAAUAAACCUGUGUGGAAAUCGUGA